AUGGAGAUUAACUUAUUGGAUGAUCUUAAAAAAAUUAAUGAUUAUUCAGCUAAGUUGGGUGUAUUAAUCAAAGAAGGAUUAUUUUUUGCGUCUAACACCCUUUCCUAUAUUUCCAAAAAUCACAAUGAAUUCGUCAAAGGAUGGAAGAAUGAUCUUGACUAUCUAGGAAAAAUCAAUAAUCUAGCUGAUCCGCAUUUAAAUUUUAUUGAAGAAUCCAUCGAAAAUUGCAAAAAAUUUGCUGAUCGAUUUAGUGAAUUUCAUGAAUUUAUUAACAGUGGAAUUAUAAACCUUGAAGAGUCACUUUGGAAAAUUAAAGAUAAAACGGAUAAAACAAUAUAUGAACAAAUUAUAGAAAAAAAGAAGGAGAUCGACGAAUGGAGUCAGAAAUACAUUGGAAUCUUUAAUUUUACAAAUAAUAAGAAGAAAAUAGACGAAGGAAACGCUAGUUUAAAAGAAUUAAAUGAAAAAGGAUAUAAAAAUUUAAUUAUGGAUCGCCUGAUUGUCGAAUUGGAAUGCAUUAUAAAUAUAAGACUGAAAACUUUAAAAUUAAAAGAAUUAUCAGGUAAAUUUUAG